AGAAAUAUUUCAAUAAACAUUUUUUGUGGAUGAUGUGCCUGAGAGUUGAGUUUCACCUGUGAUGAAGAUGAUGAAGAAUGAUGCUGACGUCAGUGUUUCUGUUCACACAAUGAAAUUCCAUGAGGAGAGAAGAUGAGUUAUGGACUGACCUGAGACCUGUGGACCGGUGACAGGUGGAUGUUUCUGCUCUGAAUAAGAGAAGUAGAGCAGCACAUGUGUGAGUUUUAUUUUAACAGACUGACAAACUUUUCUUACUAGAGUAAAUCUGAGUGACGUGACUCUGAUACUAGAGUAAAAUUAAGAGCUAAACACAGAAAAGAGACACACCUCAAGAAAAACACAAUAACAUAAAGAGAGAGAGAGAGAGAGAGAGAGAGAGAGACAGACCAAAAAAGGGAUUGAGGCUGGCUGGAGGAACACAGAGAGAGAGAGAGAGAGAGAGUGAGCGAGCGAGCACGUGUGUGUGUGUGUGUGUUUAAGUAUACAUCAGUACUGGAACAGAAGUCUGUAAAGCGUGAAAGAUCUGAUGGAGUUCUUCAGGAGUUAUGGAGGUGGAUUAUAGAUGAAUCAGAUCUGCUCUGGAUCGCUGUCAUGUCAACGGGCCCAGUGCCCAAUAAAGCCGCUCGUCCGAAAGACACGGGUCACGAAGACAACCUGCCCAUCCUAAAGGAGUCGAUCGUCCCCGCGUCAGAUCACCUGAGUCACGUCGGGCUGCAGACGCUUCUGGAUCUGAUGGUUGGAGUUUAUCAAGAGUUUAACUCGUCUGCUCGAGCUCGAGAGAAAUAUGUUAGACGUUUCCUUCAGUGGGCUGAACCUCUGGUCAGACAGGUGAAGAAGACUCGACUGAGGAGAGAUGACUUUGACAUCUUGAAGGUGAUUGGCAGAGGGACGUUCAGUGAGGUGGCACUGGCCAGAAUGAACAGCACACAGCAGGUGUAUGCACUCAAAAUCAUGAACAAAUGGGACAUGCUGAAGCGUGGAGAGACCGCAUGUUAUCAGGAAGAGAGAGAGGUUCUGCUCAGAGGAGAUCGACGCUGGAUCACAGAACUCCAUUACGCCUUUCAGGAUGACAAUUACCUCUAUUUAGUGAUGGAUUAUUAUGUUGGAGGAGAUCUGCUGACGUUACUCAGUAAAUUUGGGGAUGGUAUCCCGGAGGACAUGGCUCAGUUCUACCUGGCUGAGAUGGUGAUGGCCAUCGAUUGUAUUCAUGGACUGGGUUACGUGCACAGAGACAUUAAACCCGAUAACAUCCUGCUGACUGCUGACGGUCACGUACGAUUGGGCGAUUUUGGCUCGUGUCUCCGUCUGGACGAUGAUGGGCUGAUUCGCUCGUGUUUGGCGGUGGGUACACCAGAUUAUCUCUCACCGGAGAUCCUGAGGGCGGUGGAGGGUGAAGAAGGAUACGGUGUGGAGUGUGACUGGUGGGCUCUGGGCGUGUGCGCGUACGAGAUGCUUUUCGGAACAACACCCUUUUACGCCGAGUCCAUUUCUGAGACCUAUGCUAAAAUAAUCCACUUCAAGGAUUAUUUUGAAUUUCCCAUCAUGAGUUCGGAGGUGUCGUCUGAUGCGUGCUCACUGAUCUCAGGUCUGAUCUGUGAUCGUAGUGUGAGAUUGGGUUCAAAGGGUUCUGGAGACUUUCAGAAACAUUCGUUCUUCAAGGGUCUGGAUUGGACUUCUCUUCAUCUUCUUCCGGCUCCAUAUCAUCCUGAAGUCUCAGAUCCCACGGACACCUCAAACUUUGAUGUUCUGGAUGACUGUCUCAGUCAAAUGGAGAAUUUAUGUGACGUCAUGGACCGCGCUCCAGUCGGAGUUCAUCUGGCGUUUGUUGGUUACUCUUACACAGCCACCAGAGAGACAGGAGCCAUUGAUCACAGCGCUGACAUUAUGAUGAAGAUUGACUAUCUACACCCGAAGGAGAAACUGAAUCAGAUGUGUCCAGGUCCAGAAGAUCCUCCAGAACACAAACCAGAGCUCAUCAGGAGUUUAGAAACACAGGAGAACAUCACAGAGGAACUGCAGAGGCGCUUACAGGCCGCUGAAGAGGAGAAUGAAGAACUAAAGCAAAAGAUGAAGAGAUUACAGGAUGAGAUUGACAGACUGAACAUCAGCAGAGACACGGAGCUCAGUAGCGCCCUCUGCCUGUCAUUACCCGCUAGUGACGCCACUUCAUCGCCACCUGCUGUUGUUCAACAGAGUACACAGGCCACAGGUGAAGAGUGAAGGAUAUUUAUUAGUUUGUGCUAAAGGAUCUGAACUUCUGAUGUGGGAGCGUCGCUGUAGCUCUGAACUCUCCUGAUGAAGAACACAAACACAUCAGACACUACACACACUGUCAGAAGAGUUUAUCAGACUUUACACUGAUCUCAUCUACUAUAUGCCCGUCUGAUCUCAUCUACUCUGCACUGAUCUGAACUAAUCUUUACACUGGUCUGAUCUCAUCUACUAUAUGCCCGUCUGAUCUCAUCUACUCUGCACUGAUCUGAUCUACUAUAUGCCCGUCUGGUCUGAUCUACUUUGCACUGGUCUGAUCUGUUCUAUUGUGGUUUGAUCUGGUUUACAGCGGUCUGAUCUGUUGUUAGCUCAUAGCGUCACUCCAACAUUACAUCAGACAUUAAGAUGUCUUCAUAACAGUUCUUGUGUAGUGCUGAGUUGUGUGGAUUGUUGAUGUGUUUGUGUGAUCUAUAAGAGCAUCACUGACAGUCUGCUGUACAGAAGUGUUAACACGUUCAGGUUUCUGUCUGUAUGGUGAUCCUCUUUCUGUCAUUUACAUACAGAAUUUAUUCACUGUUUAUUUAGAGUCUAAAGCACCUGACAGAAGUCAAGAGGUUCACAGAUUUAUCAUCUAAACACAAACACUAUCCUCUCUACACGCACUUAUAUUUCAUUCAGUAUCUGCAACACUGUUUCAAUGCAUACAAUGAAAAAAAUGACUUUCUUACUUAGAAUUUUUGUUUUGUAUUCAGAUAUCCAAAAAAUUCUACAUUUUAAAGAAAAAACAAAAUUUAUUUCAAGAUUUUUUUACCCCAAUGGCAGAUUACUUUUUUUUUGCUUUUUUAAGCACAACUUCACUUAAAUUGUAUAUUUUUUGUCUAAAAACUAGACUUAUUUAAUUUAGAUAUUUGUACUGAAAACCAGACACAAAUACUAAGUAAGAAAGUCAUUUUUUGCAGUGUAUUCACUACAUGAUGUUAUUUUUGUACAAAAAAAAGAAAAUGACAUUUUUAUUACAUAUUAGAAAACUAAGUGAACAACUUGGAAAUAAAGUUGACUUAUUUAUUUAA